AUGGAGCUGAGAGUCUCGACUCAAGAGGAGGGCAAGGGAGGCGCAGGAGGCUGCCAAAUUUCGUGGGGAUUGAAGUCCGCGGCAAGACGAGGGGAAGGAGUGGUUAUGCGCCCUAGUGGUCGGUGGAAAACUCGAGGAGACGCCCAGGUUCAAGUCUCCAUGGUGCAGAAGGAGAUUACAUGGAGUUUACUCAACCCUCUACCCUAUUCCCCUAGAGGAGAAGCACUAGAGCAGUUACUCAACCAGUUAUUCAUUGCCCCAGAGGGGAACCAGAGGAUUCUAUUGGCCCAUAGGGGAAGCAACAGAGCAGCUACUCGACAAUUUAUUCAUAGCCCCAGAGGGGAACCAGAGGAGAAGCAGUUAUUCUAUUGCCUUAGAGGGGAACCAGAGGAAGCAGCAGACAAUCACUCGACCCUCUACUCGACAUUUCACUCGAUCAAGGCGAACGGAUUCUACCUAACUUGUUGA